AUGAAAGUGGGAGACAGUGUCCAGUUCCCCUUUACACCAAUAGGAAACCACAGCUACAAAGUCGAACUGGUAUUCAAUUGUGUUGAUGUAGUGUUGUGGCUGCCGCAGGUCUCACUGUUGCAGACACACCUUCAUUAUGAAGGAAGAGUGAACAUCCAGGACAAUAUAAUAUCUCUGGAAAGAUUGCAGCUCUCAGACUCAGGUUUUUAUAACUUGAAAAUAGAUUACUUUACAGGACAAAGACCACAAAACGAAAGGUUUCAUCUCCAGGUUUUUGAACCGGUUUCUAAACCCAGCGUUACAGUCGACUGUCAAUCCGGCAAUUUGACUCUGAGCUGCUCCAGCAGUGAGGGCAGCGAUGUGACCUAUUCCUGGGAAAUACUGCCCCCCUGUGGCAACAGCUGCUUUGUGCGGCAGGGCUCUGUUAUGCAAAUGAAGGUAAAGGAUGGAAAAGGCAAGAAAAACUACACAUGUACCGCCCAGAAUAUUGUCAGCAGAGAGAGCAGUGAGCCGCUGGACCUGGAUGUGUGUGCCCAUAAUGUAUCAGAAAUUCCAAAUUUGAUUACAGAUGGGGAGCCAGUGCCACUGCAUAUUGAACCUGUGUACAUACGUGAGCUUUGAUCCAGGAACUUAAAGGUAUUUUAUACAAAGCCAUCUGGGAGAAAGAUGGAUCACUGCAAUGCCCUGUAACAAAGUGAGUUAUUUCAAAUGCUCAGGCUGAUGUGUAAAAAAUGUUUGUCUUCUGUUGUUUCCAGUUCCAGGAAACUGCAAAAGGAAAGAACAGUGUCAUGACCUUGUUCUUUCUGUCGAGUCCCCAGUUCAGUGGAUAAACCCUGCAAAGUAAAGAAACUCUAAAGUCAGCAAUUUGUUCCUGUAAAACUAUUACUUACCAAAAAGAAAAUGUAAAAGUAACUGAAAUGUAUUUUUAGUUUGAUUAGUGAACACUACCUUUAAAAGCUUGACAAAAGGAUGUCUUGUUUCAAUGAUUGUUUCAGUUAUUUUCUGAGAGAGGAAGAGCACACUUCUGUUGGAGUGCUAUUAGAAAGGGCUGUGCAUUCAAACAUUAUGUCAUAACAAUCAGUGAAAAUUAAAACUGUCCCUCAGGGAAAAAUACUCAGUUUCUUCAUAUAA